GCAUGUCGCCAGAUCACAUGUGUUUACGCAUCCCGUUUUUGACAGCUGACAUUUAUUUUGGCAGUGUGACAGAUGUCAAAACAAUUUUAUCAAUUAUUUAGAAUUCAAGUCGAAGCACAAAACCGUAUGCAGUUAUGAAGUGAAACAUUCCUAUUAUGUCCGUUCGUCGGUUGAUAAUCCGUCGAUGUAACUAGGGAACAAUCGCAAGUUGAACGUGAGAUGCCUGUAUUCAUACAAGUCAAACAGAAUGAAGUGAUGUCGAAUAACGCGUACAACACCGACUCAUCGAAAAAUGUGGAAUGGAAAAAGUGUGACUCUGCUUCCACCCUGUCCAACUCCAACGGAGAUAUUUGUAGGAUAUGCCAUUGUGAGGCUGAUAUCGACAAUCCCUUGUUGUCACCCUGUUAUUGUUCAGGAAGCUUGAAGUAUGUGCACCAAUCAUGUCUCAGGCAGUGGUUGGCUGCCUCUGACACUCGAUCAUGUGAACUGUGUAAAUUCAAUUUCAUAUUGCAUACAAAAAUUAAACCACUCUCUGAGUGGCGGAUAUUGCAAUUGAGCAGUGUUGAAAGAAGAAGAUUGUUAUGUGGUAUUCUGUUUCAUUUUGUUGCUGCCAUUUGUGUUAUUUGGUCCCUAUUUGUGUUGAUUGAUAGGGCUGCUGAAGAGGUGCAAAGAGGAUUAAUAGCAUGGCCCUUUUGGACAAAAGUAGUUGUGGUGGUUGUUGGUUUCACUGGUGGAGCCAUUUUUAUGUUCAUCCAAUGUCGUCAGUACUUACAUUUAAUUUCUAGAUGGAAGGCGCACAACAGAAUAAUUCUGGUGCAAAAUGCUCCUGAGAAACCCUCGACGCCCUCUCCAAACUUCGCAUACUCCUCAGACUAUAGACAACAAGUACCUCCCUCUCAAGUCGUAUCGACUGUAGAUUGUGGCAUGCCUUCGUCCAACACGACGUCAAGAAAUGAAAUGCCGAUGUGUUAUGUUUUCGAGAACGAGACGGAAGUCAAACGCAAAAAGAAUCUCGAAAGAAGUAGAUCUUCUUUGCAGAAGGCCGACGUCCACGUCGAAGAUUUGUGUGAUACUCCUCAUCGUCACUCCGUUGAAGAUUGUUCUGUAGAAUCUAACAUAAUAGCUUUAGAUAUUGAGUGCCCUUCUAACACUAUAAAAAAAUAUUCUCUUCAAAAUACUCCAAAGACUGAUAUAGUUAAAAAUAAAAGCUGUGUUUUUAAAUCGUUGCCUAAUUUAAGUACCAGUAGUGAGAAUUUGCUUUUGUAAUUAUAUCUCAUAUAUUUUAUUAUUGUAAAUUAUGUAAUAAAGUAUUAUUUAUUAUGUAUAA